GGCGCACCGGAAACGGAAGUAUUCGGUGUUGUGUUUGUAUGUUUGUUUGUUUGGAAGCGCACAGUGGUUGUUUCGGGGAGCUCUCGGUCGUGGUUUUCUCCUGCUCCUGUCGCCCCCGUUCAGACAAAAUGGAGUAUAAACUGAUCAUGGCGGUGUCCAGCUUCCCGAGCCUGUACGACAGCAGCUCCCUGACCUACAGGGACCUGAACAUGAGGAGCGACGCCUGGAGACAAGUCGCUCACAUAGUCGGUGUUCACGAGUCUGAAUGCAGGAGGAAGUGGAAGAUGCUGCGGGACCAACACCGGAGGGAAAGGCAGCGGGAGAAGGAGAGACGCGAGAGUGGCGUCGGGCUCUUGAACUACAGGCCGUGGAGAUAUUCCGCCAUUUUGUCCUUCUUAAACCCGUUCAUCGACGCCAGAGCCGCAGGCACCAACGGCUGGGCUCUGGACCCGCAGCCCUCUCGGCUCCAGGCGUCCGACGCGGUGGGCUGCAGUACGACCACCGAAACCCGGAGCGACGACGACGACAGCUACGGCAUCGCUAUAGCAGAUGCUACGACUACAACAGCAGCGUCGUCGUCGUCGUCGUCAGAGUUUGUUCAGAGGAAGCGACCGUCUUCUGACAACAGGAACCCCGUCAGACUGAAAGAAACAAAGGCCGAGGAGACCUCGGGAACUGCUGCGACAGACGACACCGUGCAGACCCAGCAAGUCCAGCAGGUCAACGUGAGGGAGCUGUUUGAGAUGAUGAUGCAGUCGGUUACUUCCCUGGCCACAUCCUUGGCUUCUUCACAGUCCUCCUCGCAGCCCUCAGAUCAGCUGAUGCCUCCUGAUCUGCAGCACCUCCAGACUCCGUCCAGGCUGAACCACCUGAAAACAGAGGAGCAGGAGGCCACGGCAGAGGAGCUGUUGGACCAAACUGACGGAGAGGAGGAUUGCCGUGCGGUGUCUCCCAGGCCGACCCGGGCCUGGAGGAGGAGCGCCGACAGCCUGCUGGAGGAGCACCUGAGGAGGAUGGAGGCCCGGGAGGCUCAGAGGGAGCGGGACACGGAGCUGAGAGACGAUGUCACGCUGUUUCUGCUGAGCUUGGCUCCAGCCGUGAGGAGGCUUCCUGUAGAAAAACAGUCAUGGGUCAGAGCCAAGAUACAGCAGUUUGUACACGAGGCAGAGUUUGGGCCUACAAAUUUCCACUGACUUUUAUCUUUUACAUACCAGUGGGCUUAAUAAUAAUCUCAUUCAGCUGCAGAGGACUUUUCCACUUUCAUAAAACUGUAGCUGAACUUUCUCAUGUUUCAUGCUGUUUUUGAUAAAAGCAUCUUCUAACUGUAAUUUUUUCUACUCAUAUAGAUUAAUAAAUAAGUGCUGUAAACCCUG